AUGGAUUCCAGCUACAAGAACUCCAAAGAGGCGUUCAUCUCGGGUAUGGCAGGCUCAAGUAUCGGCCACAUCAACAUGGUGUCUUUAGCUGCGCUGUCCUCUAUAGCUCUCUAUUCCGCGAUGAAAACGCGACUAUUUAUGAAUAAGUCGAUGGGCUUUCUAGUCGAAUUCGUCAUCCUUGUCGUGCCCCUCCUUCUCUCCGUCACGCUCUUUGCACGCUCUCCAGGCCAACUGACUCUCAUCUUGCUGUCGCCAACUGGACUUUUACUUCUUAUGUCUCGUGGCGGUUCUGGAGUAGUGCUCCCUUCAAGCUCAAAUAGUAUUCGUGUAACGAAAGGCUCUGGGGAAAGCGGUGCCGCAUCCCAAGGAAGGGAAAAGGCCGACAGUCCCCCCGUUCGAUCGUUCAAUCGUCUCCCUGCCUUGACUACUUACCGGGCACAUAUGCUAUUGUUGACAUUCCUGUGCAUCCUCGCGGUCGACUUUCCCGUGUUCCCACGCAUGUUGGCGAAAUGCGAGACGUUUGGGGUUUCUUUAAUGGACCUUGGAGUGGGGUCAUUUGUCUUCUCUCAAGGCAUCAUCUCUGCAAUGCCAGUGGUCAAGAAUCCAGCGCACCUGACCGAGCCGCUGGUUGCGAAAGUACUCAAAGUCAUAAGGAAAUGCUAUCCGCUCUUCGUACUGGGCCUAUUCCGAACAUUAUCGGUAAAGGGUGUCGAAUAUCCGGAACAUCAAACUGAAUACGGCACACAUUGGAACUUCUUCUUCACGCUGGGUUUCAUUCCCAUUCUUCAAGUACUACUUCAUCCUCUAAUGGUCGGAAUCCCGAUAUCACUGCUGGCCGUGCUGGUCGCUCUGCUGCAGCAAGUCGCUCUGAGCAAUGGUCUAAUGAGCUAUGUCUUCAAAGCCCCUCGUGUUAAUUUAGUUAGUUCGAACAAAGAGGGUAUUGUCUCACUAUCUGGCUACUUGGCGAUUCACCUUCUCGGUCUCUAUACCGGUACCAUAGUCCUGCCUCCGUCCCCAUCAUACUUUCGCCGUUGCCAAAAGGGCCUUUCCCAACCUAAGGACAAGUCCGGCAAACGCCCGACGCACGAGCAUGACGAGUCGAAGCGAAAGGUUGACAACAUGUCCUCUGGACUGUCAUCUGCACAACAAACAAAUCGGGAGAACGACAAAACUGCUAUCGAACUCUGUGCCUAUAGUGUCCUGUGGUGGACCCUCUUAGGCUGCACCAUGCUUCUUGAUAUCGGCGGUGGCGUGUCGCGCCGAUUGGUCAACUUGCAGUACAUCCUCUGGGUGGCAGCAUACAACACGUCCUUCCUCCUUGGCUACUUAGUCCUCGAUCUCUUGUUCUUCGCAUCACCAUCCUCGAGAUCGAGGUAUUCUCCUUACUCGAAGCUUAAAGUGAAGCCAGAUCCUGCUGUGCUGUCCACGAGCGAGCGGACUCUCAGGGCUGCAGCCAGAGCGCCCCCAUUAUUAGAAGCGAUCAAUCAUAAUGGUCUCGUGUUAUUCUUACUGGCCAACCUCGCUACAGGACUUGUUAACCUAACAAUGCCGACGAUGUACAUGUCAGAUCCUGCCGCAAUGGCCGUCCUGUCUCUGUAUAGCUUGACGAUAUGUGGCGUGGCCUGGACGAGCAGAAAUACCAAACUCUGGACAUUUUAG